GUACUGAUAAGUUGUUUAAUUUAAGGCUCAUGAAGGCGUGGUGGAAGAUGUUGCAUGGCAUAUGAGUCACGAACACCUGUUUGGAUCCGUUGGAGAUGAUCAGUACCUUCUUAUAUGGGAUCUGCGUUCUCCAUCUGCCAGUAAACCUAUACAGUCUUUGGUUGCUCACUCCAUGGAGGUGCGUUUGCAAGGAACUGAAUUUUAAGAGCAGAGAAGGUUCUCCAAUAACAGAGGUAGAGCCAUACAUACCUUUUAACAUUAACCCAGCAGGGAUGCAGCCUGUUCUUACAACCACUUACCUCUUGGCAUUUCGCAGCAUUCUUGCAAGCAUUGUGGGUUCACCGUUCUUGUUACACGUGAAGGAGAUAUUAAACCCUGAAAGCACAGUUGGGGCACCGCCAUGGGUUUACUACUCAGUCUAUGCGUUUUUGUGUUUCUCUUCAACAUCUUUGACAUUGUGAGUGUUACUCUUUUUUUUUCUCAGUCUGAGCUUCAAUCUUCUAUGAAAAUUAAACAUGAUUAGUUAUGCAUGUUUGUGUCACAAGAUGGUUUUGGUUUUGUAUGUUUGUGACACGAGAUGGGAUUGUAUAUGCAAGUCACACGAAUUUUAUUCAAGUCACAAGUUGGUUUUGAGUCUUCUCUCUUACUCUAUAUAAACUUAU